CGGCGGCCGAGGAGGAAGGUGGGAGGGGCGUUGCUGAGGGCUGCCGGGGGUGAGAGCUAGGCUGUGGAGCAGGCGAGAGGAGACGGCGGGAGCUAGAGAGGACGCGGUGUGAAGGUGUCUGUGUGAGGAUAGCCGCGGCCCGGUUCUAAAGUGUUCGAGACAGCUGAGGCGGGUGAGGGCCUUGAUGCUGCCAUGACUGAAGAAUCAGAAGAGACGGUCCUGUACAUUGAGCAUCGUUAUGUCUGCUCUGAGUGCAAUCAGCUGUAUGGAUCCCUGGAGGAGGUGCUCGUGCACCAGAACUCCCAUGUGCCCCAGCAGCACUUUGAGCUAGUGGGUGUGGCUGAACCUGGUGUCACUGUCGCCACAGAGGCAGCUUCAGGCACAGGCCUGUAUCAGACUUUAGUACAGGAGAGUCAGUACCAGUGCCUAGAGUGUGGGCAGCUGCUGAUGUCACCCAGCCAGCUUCUGGAGCACCAGGAGCUGCACCUGAAGAUGAUGGCACCCCAGGAGGCAGUGCCAGCUGAGCCGCCACCCAAGGUACCUUCCCUGAGCUCCAGCACCAUCCACUAUGAAUGUGUGGAUUGCAAGGCUCUGUUUGCUAGCCAGGAACUCUGGCUGAGCCACCGGCAGACCCACCUCCGAACCACACCUACCAAGGCUCCUACCCCAGUGGUCUUGGGGUCUCCAGUUGUCCUAGGUCCCCCUGUUGGUCAGGCUCGUGUGGCUGUGGAGCACUCUUACCGAAAGGCAGAAGAGGGUGGGGAAGGGGCAGCUAUCCCAUCUGCAGCUGCCACCACCACUGAGGUAGUGACUGAGGUGGAGCUGCUUCUCUAUAAAUGCUCUGAGUGUUCCCAGCUCUUCCAGCUGCCAGCUGACUUCCUGGAGCAUCAGGCCACCCACUUUCCUGCUCCUGCCCCAGAAUCUGAGGAGCCUGCCUUACAGCCAGAGACCCUCACUCCAUCGCCUGUAGAGGUACCUGUGUCUCAGCCUGACCCUAUGCCAGCCUCUGACCACAGUUAUGAGCUGCGCAAUGGUGAAGCCAUCGGAAGAGAUCGCCGUGGACGCAGGCCACGGAGGAACAACAGUGGAGAGCCAGGCGGGACAGCCGCCCAGGAACUCUUUUGCUCGGCCUGUGACCAGCUCUUUCUCUCACCCCACCAGCUUCAGCAGCACCUGCGGAGUCACCGAGAGGGUGUCUUUAAGUGCCCCUUGUGCAGUCGUGUCUUUCCCAGCCCUUCUAGUCUGGACCAGCACCUUGGAGACCACAGUAGUGAGUCCCACUUCCUGUGUGUAGACUGUGGUCUGGCCUUUGGUACAGAGGCUCUCCUCCUGGCCCACCGACGAGCCCAUACCCCAAAUCCUUUGCAUUCAUGUCCAUGUGGAAAGACCUUUGUAAACCUCACCAAGUUUCUUUAUCACCGGCGUACCCAUGGAGCAGGGGGUGUCCCUCUGCCUACGACACCAGUCCCACCAGAGGAGCCUGUCAUCAGUUUUCCUGAGCCAGCGCCAGCAGAGACUGGAGAGCCAGAGGCCCCCGAACCCCCGAUGUCUGAGGAGAGCUCAGCAGAACCUGCUGCCUCUGGCACCUAUCGUUGCCUCCUGUGCAGCCGUGAAUUUGGCAAGGCAUUACAGCUGACCCGGCACCAGCGCUUUGUGCACCGCCUGGAGAGGCGCCAUAAAUGCAGCAUUUGUGGCAAGAUGUUCAAGAAGAAGUCUCAUGUGCGUAACCAUCUACGUACCCACACGGGGGAGCGCCCCUUUCCCUGCCCGGACUGCUCCAAGCCUUUCAAUUCACCGGCCAACCUCGCCCGUCACCGGCUCACGCACACAGGGGAACGUCCCUACCGGUGUGGGGACUGUGGCAAGGCUUUCACACAAAGCUCCACACUGAGGCAGCACCGCCUGGUGCAUGCCCAGCACUUCCCCUACCGCUGCCAGGAAUGCGGGGUGCGUUUUCAUCGUCCCUAUCGCCUGCUCAUGCACCGCUACCACCACACAGGCGAGUACCCCUACAAGUGUCGUGAGUGCCCACGCUCCUUCUUGCUGCGCCGGCUACUAGAGGUGCACCAGCUUGUGGCUCACGCUGGGCGCCAGCCUCACCGCUGCCCGUCUUGCGGAGCAGCCUUCCCCUCUUCACUACGGCUUCGAGAGCACCGCUGUGCAGCAGCUGCCGCCCAAGCCCCACAGCGCUUUGAGUGUGGGACCUGUGGCAAGAAAGUGGGCUCAGCCGCUCGGCUGCAGGCACAUGAGGCAGCGCAUGCAGCUGCUGGCCCUGGAGAGGUGCUGGCUAAGGAGCCCCCAGCUCCUAGGGCUCCGAGGGCCACUCGCACACCAGUCACUGCCUCCCCAACAGCCCCUGGAGGUGCUGCCACCACAGCCCCUGCAGCUCCUGCUCGACGCCGGGGCUUGGAGUGCAGCGAGUGCAAGAAGCUCUUUAGCACAGAGACAUCGUUGCAGGUACACCGACGCAUCCACACAGGCGAGCGACCAUAUCCGUGUCCAGACUGUGGUAAGGCCUUCCGUCAAAGUACUCACCUGAAAGACCACCGGCGUCUGCACACAGGUGAGCGGCCCUUUGCCUGUGAAGUGUGUGGCAAGGCCUUUGCUAUCUCCAUGCGCCUGGCAGAACAUCGCCGGAUCCACACUGGUGAACGGCCCUACUCCUGCCCUGACUGUGGCAAGAGCUACCGUUCCUUCUCUAACCUCUGGAAGCAUCGCAAGACCCACCAGCAGCAGCAUCAGGCAGCUGUGCAGCAGCAGCUGGCAGAGGCAGAAGCAGCUGUUGGCCUGGCUGUGAUGGAGACUGCAGUGGAAGCACUGCCUUUGGUGGAAGCCAUUGAGAUCUACCCUCUGGCUGAGACUGACGGGGUUCAGAUCAGUGGCUGAGUGUCCCGUUCGGCGCUUCCGCAGCCGUGCCCUGUUGCCGAAGGCCCUCCUCUAAUGUCCCCGUAAGCCUCUGUACAUAUUGUGCCCCUUCCUCCUCCCUGCCUACUGCCGUGUAAGUUCUAAAAUUGGAUCUAUUCUAUUUUCAGAAGGGGGUGCUCUGGGGUCCUUGUUAUGCUUAAAGGUGCCCCCCACCCCACCUGGUGGCCGCAAAGUGAAGUCAAUAAAGACUAAGUUGAACAUU